CGGACAUUGGGAGAGAUCUGUCUAGGCCUCCUAUGGGAAAAGAAUGAGGCUGAGGUCAGUCAUGGGGAAGUCAAUGCGCCGAUAUGCACCAGCAGACCUGGGGGCCAUGCUUCUCCCGCUUCUCCUCUUGCUUCAGCUGGAUCCUAUGAGGGCCAUGGACAAUCAGACUGAGAAAGAAAGAGAUUUCUGCUCUGGAGAAAUGGAUCUAUCUCUGUACACGGCCGCUCGGUGCCUUCUUUUUUGUAACAGAAGUGCUUCAAAGUGUAACCCUGAGGUGAUAGAGAGAUUUUGGAAAAAAAAGGAGGAAGAAUUGGCUAAAGAAAAUUCAGUAAUGCGUGUUUUGGAUGAGCCCUCAGUGAAGGCAAUAAUCGAGGAUGUCCCUGUCAACACUUCCCAAGACAUCUUCUUCUCCUUCUCACCAUCUCAGGAAUUGAAGGUGCCAACGAGACUGAAUGGAAAUGAGACGGCGGCACCCAACAGAGUCCGGCUUCCCAGAAGCCUAUUUGAAAACCUGAGGACACGCACAAACUCUGUCCGAGUCAUCCUGAUGGUCAUCAACGCUGGAGAAGGAGAAAUAUUCAAGGGCUCAGCCACUGGCCAGAAGUUCAGCAGCUCUGUGCUAGACAAUCACAUAGUUGGCAUUCGGGUCGGAACUGAGCCCAUUAAGGAUCUGCAUGAACCUGUAGAGAUCAUCUUCUCCCACAAGCAGCAGCACCAGAAACUCCAGUGUGUUUUCUGGGAGGAUAAUAAAGGUACAACUACAGACUGGAAAUCCACAGGUUGCUCCACAGAGCAAAGGACCAACCAGACCAUCUGCCGCUGCGACCACCUGACCUUCUUUGCCCUACUGCUGAAGCCAGUCCUUGAUGCCACCACAGUGAAGGCUCUGAUUAAAAUCUCUCUUGCUGGAUGUAUCACUUCCCUGUUAUUCCUGAUUUUCACCAUAAUUCUCUAUUUUGUCCUGAGGUUCACAAGGCAGAGGUUCAAGUCAGAAGAUGCCCCCAAAAUCCAUGUGGCCCUUAGCAUCAGCUUGGUCCUUCUGAAUCUCACCUUCAUCAUCAGCCUGGGGAACAACUCCCCAGAGCAAGGAGCCUCCUGCCGGGCACAGGGAGGGAUCUUCCAUUACUUCCUGCUCUGUUGUUUCACCUGGAUGGGGAUAGAGGCCUUCAACCUGUACCUGCUGGCUAUCAAGAUCUUCAACACAUACAUAAGCCACUACUUCCUGAAGCUCUGUCUGGUGGGCUGGGGACUUCCCAUCUUAGUGGUCUUAAUCACUGGAAGCACCAGCAGCUACGGACGCUAUGACAUCAAGGAUGGGGCUAACCAUACCACCUUGGAGCUGUGCUGGAUAGAGAACAGAACAGCCCUGCACAUCACAGUCCAUGGCAUGUUUGCCGUCACCUUCCUCUUCGGUGGUGUGGUCCUAGGCCUGGUAGCUUGGAAGAUUUUCCACCUCCAUGGCUCCGCGGCAGGCAAGGAACAAAGCCAGACCUGGAAGGGCAUUGUCACUGUGCUCGGCAUCUCCUGCUUGGUGGGCGGAACGUGGGGACUGGUCCUCUUCACCCCAAUUGGUUUCACUGCCAUCUACACCUUCACACUACUCAACUCUCUCCAAGGUGUUUUCAUCUUCAGCUGGUUUGCCAUCCUUUACUACCCAAGUCUAAAAGGGGAGUCUUCAUCCAGUACUGCCAAGACAAACCAGAGCAAUUCUGCAUCCCGAGAGUAGACACAUCCAUGCAUCUUUCAACAUUGGUUUCAGGAGGAACUGACACAGUUGGGUGUGGUGGUUGAGGGGAGACCCAGGGCUUGGAAGCAAAUACUAACUUCAUCCUAGACUUUUUUUGCAGGGCAGUCAGAGUUAAGUGACUUGCCCAGGGUCACACAGCUAGUAAGUGUCAAGUGUCUGAGGCCAGAUUUGAACUCAGGUCCUCCUGAAUCCAGGGCCAGUGUUUUGUCCACUGAGCCACCUAGCUGCCCCCAUCCUAGACUUCUUAACUCCAGGUCACUCAAGUCCAACCCGGCCCUCCUCCAAAUGGGCAAAGGAAUCUGGCAACAGUGGGGUGGCCAACUUCAAAAAUCAUAAAGGUUGGUCUUUGGGCCUCUCUUAACCUCUACUUUUGAGACUGUGCCUGAUGGUCUCAUCUUAUGCCCUCAUUAUUCUCCCCCACCACUCCAAGACCCAUCAACCUUGACCAAUACACAAAUAGUCUUAGAUCUCAGAGGAGUCUUAGUGAUCAUCUAUAGUCUAAAGGUUCUCAGCCUUUCUUUGUGUGUUAUGGACCUCUUUGGUAGUCUGGUGGAACUCUUUGUUAGAAUAAUGUUAUUAAAUGCAUAGAUAAAAUAUUUCACAAAGGAAACCAAUUAUAUUGAAAUAUAGGUGUCAAAUUUUUUUGAAGUUCACAGACCCCAAAGACCUCUUCAUCUAGUCUAACAGCCCCACAUUUACCCUAGUAUUUUACCAAUAAGAAAAUGGAGGCUCCAAGGUCACACAGCUAGUCAAGGGCACAACCAGGAUAGAACUGAGGUAUCCUGAACCCCAGUCCAGUAGUCUUUCUAUCACUACACAGGAAUGUCCCACAUCUUCAGAAUUUGCCUGUCCUGUUUCCCACAGCCAUAGGACCCUGAACUUAGCUAGCUGACAAAGCAAAAAACAUCUCAACCAACAAUAUUCUCUCUCUCUCUCUCUCUCUCUCUCUCUCUCUCUCUCUCUCUCUCUCCCUCAAAGGAAUCUAAUGUGAAAACCUUACUCAAUGAAGCUAGCAGAUAGGUGGGAUAUUUGGGGGAUAGGGUGCAAUAUUCUUUAAGUCACACCCCCUAAUCAGCUUCCUAUUCUGUCAACCCCUAAGGCCCCCUUGAACAUCAUAAUAGUCUGACCAGGGCACACCUAGACUAAGGAUUUCCCGAUUUCUUCCCUUCUCCUUCUUCCUCAUGUUGGAUCCAUCGUGACUUUGUGGGAGCUUACAUUGAUUUGUGGUGGGGAGAAGGGAUUAGGUGGGAGAGUUUAGAGCACCAGGCUCAAGUCCCUGGAUGGCCCGGCAAGGCAUGGAGCCCCCAGGGGAGUGACUCUUGGUAAGUCACUUUCCCAGGCUGAGUCUCUGUCUUGACAUCCAAAGCCUUAGGUAAGGUUUCAGAACUUGACUGCCUUUUCUGAGAAGGCUCAACUUAGCCGACCUUCUCCUGGUCCCAGAGAUGGUCGAAGGAAGAGAGGAGACUACUGCUGUACCCAGAAGAGUAGCUUCAAUACAAUACAACAAACAUUUAUUAAGUGCCUGCUGCGUGUAGAGCCAUUGGGGGGGGUCACUGAGGGAGAACCAAAUUUAGGUAAGACAAGUUUCUGUCCCAGAAGCCUUAAUUAAUGCCCAACUUGAGCUCAGCAAAAUAAGCAUGUACAAAUCAAAUCCUACUUUCUCUUUAUUUUAGAUUAACCUUCAAUUGGUUCCUAACUCAGUUCCCUCCUUGGUCAAAUAAUCCAUAAUCUUUAUUUAUAAUAGCACUUGAGGUUUUCAAAGCACUUUACACAUUGACAAAAUAUUAGGAGACCUCCUGUUUUCCAGAGCUAAAGCCCAGCAAGCAAGCUAUGCCCUGAGCUUGGAAGGACAACAAUCCUUUGCGAUCACACUCUGGAUGAUCUCACCCUCUGGGCUAGUCACAUAAUUUACCAGGUGUUCUCUGAGCUGGACAAGCACUGGACAAACUUGGAAAGUCCUGCAAUUAAUCAAACUUGUCACAUGCUUGCUGCUCCCUCAUUGUCAGGGCUACAACUCACUGGGAAGCCACUAGUAUAAGUUCUGAGAUCUCCUCACACUGCCUCCAGCCUCCCGACGAGGGGCAGACCCUGGCAGACGUGUCUAUAGCUCCUCCUUGCUUGCAAGACUUUUUCCUCACUUUGAAAAUAAAGCUUCUCUUUGAU